UAUUCUUCAACCUUUGACUGCUUCACUUUACAAAAGGGGAAAUCAUCAACAUCAGACUUCACUCCAACGGAAGAGAAAGAGGAAGAAGAGACAAUGACAGCCGGCAAGAGACAGGUGAAGAAGAAAACAGCACGUGCUUGUAAUCAUUGCCAUAAAGCUCACAUGACGUGUGAUGAUUCAAGGCCUUGUCAGAGAUGUAUAUCGAGAGGCAUAGCAGAGUCGUGUGUGGAUGCGCCGAGGAAGAGGAAGAAGUACUUGAUGGACUUGGAAGGAGGCGAAGGUAUUGGUGUGAACAUGGGUCAGUCGAGCUCUGCUGACUCGUCAGCUGCCUCUCCGCAGCCCACUGUUGCACAAUUGCACUCACAUCCAAUACGGACGGCAUCAACAACGGUAACGUCUGGUAGCGUGCCGAUGGGACGUCCAAUACCCAUGUACCAUGUGUCUUCGACGGUUGCGACACAUGCACUGAACUCUGGAAAUGGUGGUGCUGGUGCUGGUGCUGGUGUUGGUGCUGGUGCUGGUAUAGAUCACAAGACUCGUAAUGGCAGCGAUCCAACAGUCUCUACAGUGCCCAAUGGCCCACCGCUAAACGCACCACUGUACAGCUAUAACGUUCACAACGACCCCAAGUUCCUGUCAAACGCAGCCAAUUCCGAGUACUCGAUACUAUCAGAUAUCUUGGGAUAUGGCCACUUCGAUAUGCAACAGAGGCCUCGGUCAACCACACCAACACCUCCAGACUUGUACACAGCAACGAUACGGCAGGGAGAUCGCUUGAUCAACCAGUACACGCUGGGGAGAAUCCAGCCUGAUAAACUCUUGACAUACCCUGAGGUAUUGCAGCACAUUGAAGGUGAACAUAGACUGGACUCAACACCUGCUUCCACUGAUUCUGAAAGCGGACCAAGAGGUGCGCUGUCUUUUGCAAUCACCGUUGAUGAGCAAAGUGAAUACUCAUCGCUCUCGUCGUCCGGGUUGCGAUUCAAAGACUCUGAAGACAUCUACUCGAAAGUAGACCAGCCGUUCAGCUAUACGCCUGGCUUCCACUCGCUGAUCAGAUACUUGAAGCAUCGAUUCAACAGACAGGACCUGAUCAAGAUGGCAAAGGCCAUGGCGAGUUAUAGACCAAUUUUCAUCGCCUGUACAAACACUCUGAAGGAGGACGACCUGAUAUUCAUGGAGCAGUGUUUCCAACGGACUCUGCUGGAAUAUGACAAGUUCAUAUCCAUCUCUGGUACACCAACGAUUGUUUGGAGGCGUACUGGUCAAAUUGCGUACGUCUCAGAGGAGUUUUGCAUCCUGACAGGCUGGACGAAGGAGUCGCUGCUGAACAAAGUCACAUUCAUUGUGGAGUUGAUGGACGACAACAGCGUUGUCGAGUACUUCAACCUGUUUUCAACGAUAGCAUAUGGGGACUUCAGAGGUGCCACGAUGGCUGGAUGUACCUUAACCACACAGAAUAGGACUCUUAUAAAGACAACGUGUAUGUGGACUUUGAAGAGGGAUGUCUUUGGUAUUCCGAUGAUGAUCAUUGGUAACUUCUUACCGAUAUUGAACCAAUGAUCCCAUCUUCCAAUCUACAAAUAUAAUCAACACUGGGGGAAACGGGGUAUGUGUACUGUAAAUGUAGAAACUGUCCAAGGCAAGACGUAAACAAUCACGUCGAUCAUUGCGCCAGGAUGGACUUGACAAACUCAACGUAGUCAACGUUGCCGUCUUUGGUCACGUUGACACCUUUCAGCAGCUCGUCAACUUCGCUGUCAGACAGCUUCUCGCCAACAGAGGUGAGGAUGUAUCUCAGCUCUCCGACGCCGAUGUAGCCUGUGCCCUCCUUGUCAAAUACCUGGAAACCCUUGAUGUAGUCCUCCGGCUCGCCCAGCGGCUUGAACCCAUCAGGGCGGUUGAUUAUGGUGACAUACGUGUCGAAAUCAAGAUCGCCAGAGACCUGGGCUUCCAGGUCUUCAAUCUCA